GCCGCGCAAGCGCAUCCACCGCUUGAGGCCGCCAUUUUGUGCGGAGCCUACUCUGCAAAAGCGGGAGAGGAUUAAAACCACCGGAGGAGAAGGACGCAUUUUUACACCAUCUCGGACAGAAGAAAGAACAAACCCUGGGCUUUCUAUCGAAUUCAACGAGAGAAUAAACAAGGGAACGCAGGUUGAGCUGUAGGUAGCAAAAAAGGAGAGGUGAGGCAGGUAGCUCAUGCAGCGGAACCAGACUUGGAGAGAGAAGCAGGUGUAGACAGCAAAGAUGAAGUACACAUUUUUGGUGAAGGUAUUACCCAUGGAAGGGGGACCGACCGAUGCGGUAGUGGAGGAGGCCGGUGACGCCUUUAAGGCCAAAGAGUGCAAAACCUACGUGCGGCGGCGCGAGGAUGAAGACGUGGGUGCAGAGCUGCUGCAGGCGGCCGGCCUGGAGGCCGUGGAUCAGUCCCAGGUGGAGGGCCACGAGCAGGCUGGCGCAGAGGCCCAGCUGGUGGAGGGGGUGGUGAACGUCAACAGUAGCGUGGAGAUGAUGGUCAUGGACGGCCUGGACCCUACACUGCUCCAGAUGAAGACCGAAGUGAUGGACCCGGCGGCGGUCGGGGUGGCUGGCGCACCCCAUGAGGCCACAGUGACCACGGUGGACGACACACAGAUCAUUACGCUGCAGGUGGUCAACAUGGAGGAGCAACAGCUAGGCCUCGGGGAGCUGCAGCUGGUGCAAGUGCCCGUCUCAGCUGUGCCCGUCACCACGGCCACUGUGGAGGAGCUGCAGGGCACCCUGGUGGAUGCCACCGCCAUGCCCAAAGAUGGAGAGCCUGUCAUCUGCCACACCUUACCACUGCCUGAGGGAUUCCAGGUGGUGAAAGUCGGUGCUAAUGGAGAGGUGGAGACCGUGGAGCAGGACGAGCUCCAACCACAGGAGGAACCUCAAGCCCAGGAGGAGGGCGUGGAGAUGAUCACUGAACCACAGAACGAGGACCCCACCUGGGCCAAAGACCCUGACUACCAGCCCCCAGCCAAGAAGACCAAGAAGAGCAAGAAGAGCAAGCUGCGCUACAACACGGAGGGGGAGAAGGACAUGGACGUGUCUGUGUACGACUUUGAGGAGGAGCAGCAGGAGGGCCUGCUCUCUGAGGUCAAUGCCGAGAAGGUGGUGGGCAACAUGAAGCCACCAAAACCCACCAAAAUCAAAAAGAAGGGUGUGAAGAAAACAUUCCAGUGCGAGCUGUGCAGCUACACCUGCCCCCGCCGCUCCAACCUGGACCGCCACAUGAAGAGCCACACGGACGAGAGGCCCCACAAAUGUCACCUGUGCGGCCGCGCCUUCAGGACAGUCACUCUGCUGAGAAACCACCUGAACACGCACACAGGCACCAGACCACACAAGUGCACUGACUGUGACAUGGCGUUUGUAACUAGUGGAGAGCUGGUUAGGCACCGACGUUACAAGCACACCCACGAGAAGCCCUUCAAGUGCUCUAUGUGUGAUUACGCCAGUGUGGAGGUGAGUAAGCUGAAGCGCCACAUCCGCUCCCACACCGGAGAGCGCCCCUUCCAGUGCAGCUUGUGCAGCUACGCCAGCAGAGACACAUACAAGCUGAAGAGACACAUGAGGACACACUCAGGGGAGAAACCCUAUGAGUGUUACAUCUGCCACGCUCGCUUUACCCAGAGUGGCACUAUGAAGAUGCACAUCUUGCAGAAACACACUGAGAACGUGGCCAAGUUCCACUGCCCACACUGCGACACAGUCAUUGCCCGCAAGAGUGACUUGGGUGUUCAUUUGCGUAAACAGCACUCGUACAUCGAGCAGGGCCGGAAAUGUCGCUACUGUGAGGCCGUCUUUCACGAGCGCUACGCCCUCAUCCAGCACCAGAAGUCCCACAAGAACGAGAAGCGCUUCAAGUGCGACCAGUGCGAUUACGCAUGCCGACAGGAGCGUCACAUGGUGAUGCAUAAGCGCACCCACACCGGUGAGAAGCCGUACGCCUGCAGCCACUGUGAGAAGACCUUCAGGCAGAAACAGCUGCUGGACAUGCACUUCCGCCGCUACCACGACCCCAACUUUGUGCCCACCUCCUUUGUGUGCACCAAGUGUGGCAAGACUUUCACCCGCAGGAACACCAUGGCCCGGCAUGCAGAGAACUGCAAUGGCCAGGACACCACCGAUGGCGAAAACGGGGCUCCUCCUAGGAGAGGCCGUGGCAGGAAGAGGAAGAUGCGCAGCAGGAAGGACGAUGAUGACAGUGACGAGCAUGGCGAACCCGAUCUGGACGAAGACGACGACGACGAUGAUGAUGAGGUGGAAGAGGAGGCUCUGGAUGAUAUGGAGAUGGAGGUGGAGCAGGCCCCACCCACCGUGCCCAUCCCAGCACCCGCCUCCCCACCCGUCAAGAGGAAACGCGGCAGGCCCCCCAAGAACGCUCCCAAGCCCUCCCCCACCCCCACCAAAGCACCCGCAGCAGCAGCAGCCAUCAUCCAGGUGGAGGAUGAGAGCACGGGGGCCAUAGAGAACAUCAUCGUGAAGAAGGAGCCCGAAGGAGGAGAGGCGGCGGCCGUGGCGGCAGCAGCUGCUGCGGCGGUGGAUGCCCCCGCAGCCGAGGUGCAGGCCGAAGAGGGCGCCGUGGAAACAGUGCAGCUGUCGGUUUCGGAAGCAGCACCCAACGGGGACCUGACCCCAGAGAUGAUUCUGAGCAUGAUGGACCGGUGAUGUGUGGUGGCAGGGACACGCGUGGUGGCGCAAUAUGGCGCAGCACACACACAUGCAGUGUGCACACACACAAACAAACACAAAUACACUUGUUCUAACACACAGAGAAAUAAACACACUGACGCCUCUCCCCCUAUUCCUGCUUCUCUGUCGCCUUGCCUCAUCCCCUCCCCGCCCCAGAACUCCUCAGUCCCACCCUGCACGGCUGUCGGACUUCAUGUACCACUUCUACCACUUUGACCUUCACUGUUCCGUUUCAUUUUCCUUUUGUUUUUGCAGCCUAAGCUGUGCACAAACUUUUUUUUUUUUGUCUUUUUUUUUAUUUUUCUCUCCAUAUUUACUGUUGAGUUUCCAGCAGCUGUCCUGGACUUGUGUGUUUCAGCACCUCUGCAUGAAACAACCUUCCCUUCCUCCAACCCAGUUUCAUUCAUUCAGUUUCCAUUGGAUCUAUUAGCUUUUCUUCUGUGUGCCAUUUUGUGCAUGGGGAACGAUGUAUGCAGAGAGUAGGUUUGUAGGUGUAUAUGUAUGUGUGUGUGUGUGUGUGUGUGUGUGCGCGCGCCUGUGAGUAUGUGUUUUUGAGGGGUCAAGAGACAGCACACCCAUCCAGACUAGUGUGUCCCACGCGUUUAGGAUUUAUUUUUGUCUUUGACUAACAAAACCCUUGCUGUGACAUUGCCUUGACAUCGAUGAGUUGGUCACGGCUAGGAUAAGACCUUUCCUGUGACUACUGUAAAUGAUGGGCCUGUAACCCUACCCUUUCACUGAUCACCACCUUUUAACAUUUAACAAUGUAACAACUUUUAUCCACUGCAUACAUAAAGCUUCAGUGUUUCUGUUUGUUUUCCCCCCCACCACUCAUGUAAGUUGAAUAUGGGCUUUGCUGAGGUGGCUAGGCAACCAUCAGACAACCAUGCCAGGAACAGUGGCAUCCAUUCAUCCAUCCAUUUAAGUUUUUAAAAGACCUGCAGUUUGAUGCGUUGUACAAAAAUAGAAGAGGGUAAUGUUGGCUAGUUUGCUUGUAAAUAUUUUUAUUUUCUGUUUUAUUAUGAGCGUUUUAAUCUUUUUUUCUAGUGAUUCGGUGACCUUGAAUGCUGGCAGCGGGUGGGACAGUGGCGUUUUAACAGUGGCGUUUAGACUAUUGGAGAACGUACCGAGAACGUUGAAACUCUUCCACGGUUUCUAUAAUAACUAAUGAAAAAAAUAAUAAAAAAAGAAGAAAAACAGAAUGCUUUAGAUGAAUCAUGUAGGCAAGCGUGGCUCUUUCACUCGUCCUUUCUUUCUGUCCUUUGUAGCUUGAAAACUCGUCACAUGUACUUAACUCUGCAUUCUCAGAAAGCAUCAGGCCUUGCGCGACCCAACCUCGCCACCCUUUUAUUGUCCACCUUUUAUGUGUCUAGAGAGAAUCAACACGAUCGCCGCUUUGCGAGAAGCAGUCUGCGGUGUUGGUUUGUUUGCGUUUCUUUUUUUUUAACUCCUCCUCAAGGACGAAAAGGGACACGGUUGAGCAGAGUCACUUGCAUCUCAAGAAAACAUCCUGUGUUUUAAUUGUACGGACGGACGGUCUUGUAGAACCAGCUCCAGGUCUUAAAUGUAAAUUAAAUUCUGUUCAUGUUUGUGACGAAGGAUUUUUUUUUUUUUUUUUUCUAAGAGAUUGAAUGGGAAGUUGUGAGCAGAUGUCUCCUAACCCUGCGCUAGAUCGUGAUCUGUUUCUUGUCAGGACUACGUUUGUUAUGGGUAAAGUUGCUUUGAGAAGGAGACAUUGUGGACAACCAUGGGAUGUUUGAAUGAAAGGAGUGCUUUUGGGGGAAGAAUGACUAAAGUUUUGUCACUCUUUUUGGUAACAUAAAAAAAGAUUGGAAACUAUGUCCUCUAUCCGAACAUUUCUGCUGAAUUCAAAAUGAAGUUUCCUCCUACAUGUAAUUGCAUUUAAACUGCUUUUCUUUUUUUUUUUUCUUUGUUUUGUUAAGCUCUUAAAAUUAUAGGUUGAUGCAUUUUGUACUUAGCUGUACUGUGUGAAUUUUACAACGGUCAGAAAAACCAACAAUAUAAAGACAUUUAUUAGGAUUGGGAGGGUCUGAGGGCCGAGAAGAAUGGUGGUGUGGAGAAUGUAUUGCUGUACAGCUAAUAAAAAAGAAACUAUUGGCCUA